AUGAAACUUUCAAUACUUGGAUUAGCUCUCUUGGCUUCAAUUGCUAAAGCUGAUUUUACACCAGGUGAUGGGUGUCAACCUGUCAACGCUCAACCUGGUUUAAGAGUUGACUUCUAUGAUGAUGUGAAAUAUUUUGCUGUUGCUGAUGAUAGUACAACUCCUGCUGAAGAAUAUAAAGCAUACUUGGGAGAAAUUUCUAACAUGGCUAUAUCUGAUACCGUUUAUGGUGUCACUGAUAUUUAUUUCAGUGUUGAUGAUAUUCAGGAAACUACUGAUGAACGUCCUUUGUACGGUAGAACUACCAAUUAUCAUCAUUUCGGUUUGAAAUUUACCGGAUAUCUUUUUGCUCCAGAAACAGGGGUUUAUCUGUUCAGUAUCAAAAACGUUGAUGAUUCUGCUAUUGCUACUAUUGGUGCUGCUGCUUUCGAAUGUUGUCAAACUCCCAAUAAUGACGUUACUGAAUACACUGUAUUUACUUAUGGUCGUGUUACCGCUGAAACUGAAGCAACAAACACAGGUUCUUUACAAGGAGGAAAAUAUUAUCCUUUCAAAAUGGUCUAUUACAAUAAAGCACCUUUCGGAGCUGCUGUGGAAUUAUUGGUCACUUAUCCUAAUGGUACCACCAGUAAUGUUCCUGACUUCAUUUACGCUCCGCCUGAUAUUGUACAAGAAUGUGUAACUGCCACCGUUACAUCUACUUCUUACUGGACUAAUCCUUUCACAAGUACCUAUACAGUUAUUCCAUCUACCGGAGGAACUGAGUCGAUUAUCAUUGAAGAACCUCCUUCAACCACUACCACUGGUUGGACCGGUACUGAUACUUCUACUUAUACCACCACCACCCAAUCAGGUGGCCCUCCAUUGGUGGUCAUUGAGACUCCAUAUCCUUCGACUACCACUACUGGUUGGUCAGAAUCUUUUACCAGUACUUAUACCACCACCACUAAGUCAGAUGCUCCACCAUUAGUUGUUAUAGAAACUCCUUAUCCUUCUACAACUACUACUGGUUGGACUGGUACUGAUACUUCUACUUAUACUACAACUACUAAAUCAGAUGCUCCACCAUUAGUUGUGAUCGAGACUCCAUACCCUUCUACCACCACCACUGGCUGGUCAGAGUCCUUCACUAGCACAUACACCACUUUUACCAAAUCGGAUGCUCCACCAUUGGUUGUUAUUGAAACUCCUUUUCCUUCAACCACUACCACUGGUUGGUCGGAAUCCUUCACUAGUACUUACACUACUACCACUAAGUCAGAUGCUCCACCUUUAGUUGUGAUUGAGACUCCUUAUCCUUCUACGACUACCACCGGUUGGACUGGUACUGAUACUUCUACUUAUACCACCACUACGAAAUCAGAUGCUCCACCUUUAGUAGUCAUCGAAACCCCGUAUCCCUCAACUACUACCACUGGUUGGUCAGAAUCUUUUACCAGUACUUAUACCACCACCACGGCUUCAGGUGCACCACCUUUAGUCGUUAUUGAGACACCUUAUCCUUCAACUACCACCAUCGGCUGGACAGGUAACGAUACUUCCACGUACACUACCACAACUAAGUCGGAUGCUCCACCAUUAGUUGUGAUAGAGACUCCAUACCCUUCCACAACCACCACUGGUUGGUCAGAGUCCUUCACUAGUACUUACACUACUACCACUGCUUCAGGUGCACCACCUUUAGUCGUUAUUGAAACUCCAUAUCCUUCUACAACUACUAUCGGCUGGUCAGAAUCUUUCACCAGUACUUACACCACUGUUACUAAGUCUGAUGCACCACCAUUAGUUGUUAUUGAAACUCCAGGUCCAUCAACUACAACAAUUCCUUGGACUGGUACCUUCACUUCGACGUAUACCACUACAACAAAAUCAGAUGCUCCUCCUUUGGUGGUUAUUGAGACUCCAAGUAGUGAUAUUUCCACCACUACUAUCCCAUGGACUGGUACUUUUACUAGUACUUAUACAACAACCAGCUCAUCUGGUGCUCCUCCUUUAGUUGUUAUUGAAACUCCUGGUCCUUCCACUACUACUAUUGGUUGGUCAGAGUCGUUUACUAGUACAUACACUACGAUUACCAAAUCAGAUGCCCCACCAUUGAUUGUAGUUGAAACCCCAGGUCCAUCAACUACCACCAUUCCAUGGACCGGUACCUUUACUAGUACAUACACUACCGUUACCAAGUCAGAUGCCCCUCCAUUGGUUGUUAUUGAGACUCCAGAACCAUCAACUACAACUAUUCCUUGGACAGGUACCUUUACAAGUACCUACACUACUACCAGUUCAUCUGGGGCUCCACCAUUGGUCGUUAUCGAGACUCCAGAACCAUCAACUACAACUAUUCCUUGGACUGGAACUUUUACUAGUACUUAUACUACUUUUGUCUCAGGUGAGCCACCAUUAGUCGUCAUUGAAACCCCAGGUCCAUCAACCACAACCAUUCCAUGGACUGGGACUUUUACAAGUACCUACACAACAACCAGUUCAUCUGGUGCCCCACCAUUGGUUGUUAUCGAAACUCCAGGUCCAUCAACUACCACUAUUCCUUGGACAGGUACCUUUACUAGUACCUACACUACUAUCAGUUCAUCUGGUGCUCCUCCUUUAGUUGUUAUUGAAACCCCAGAAGCUUCUACCACCACCAUCCCAUGGACUGGUACCUUUACUAGUACAUACACUACCAUGACUGCUUCUGGUGCUCCACCAUUGAUUGUGGUUGAAACUCCAGGACCUUCCACUACCACUAUUCCAUGGACCGGUACCUUUACAAGUACAUACACUACUGUUACCAAAUCAGGCGCCCCACCAUUAGUCGUCAUUGAAACCCCAGUACCACACCUGUUCACUGGUCCUUGGAUCAACACGACUACUACUUCAACUUUAGUAUCAACUACGGUUGUGACAGUUCCAUGUAAAACAUGUCAAGGUGGUUUCUUCACUACAACUUCCACCGCUGUUCCACCAGCCAAACCUCAACCUACUACUGUAACAUCUUCUGUGAUUGUUACCAUUCCAUGUAAGGUAUGUCAAGGUGGAACAACUGUUUCAACCUUUACAACAGUAACUACCAUUGAACCAACAGGUUCAGUUUCAGGUUUUUUAAACCCUGAACCACAGGCUCCAAAUAAUCCAGUCCCAAGUUCAAAUUCUCCAAACUCAGGGUCUAAUCCUAAUUCAGGGUCCGGUUCUGGUUCUAGUUCUGGUAACUCUAUCAGUCAAAGUCCUCAAAAACCAACUGGUGUGAUUUCUAUACCAGAAAUAGAAGGUGGAGCUUCCAUCAAAGCCAUAUCUUCAACUGUUUUAAUAAUCUUCUCAUUCUUAAUGAUGGUCUAG